CAACCACAACUCUUAUCAUCUACAGUAUCCUCUAGGAAUCCAGGAAUCAUACCCACCGAUGAAUGCCCUGAGAAACCAACGGAUAUUGAGCAGAUGACCGACAUACAGAUGCCAUUGUCGGCAACUGUCCACAUUCACACCUGCCUGCAACCUCCUGGCUGAGAACCCCACAUCUCGAAUCUCGCAACCCAGCAUGGCCAUUCUCACUAAACCUAUCCCUCCUCUGUAUACCGUCUACGUCCUCCGAUCUACCGUAACACAUGCCUCCCUAUAUAUAGGCUCAACCCCAAAUCCGCCCAGGAGGUUAAAACAGCACAAUGGCGACGCUCGCGGCGGGGCUGCUCGGACAUCGCGAAGCAGUCUCCGUCCGUGGGAGAUGCUAGCGCUCGUGUCUGGCUUCCCGAGCCAGAUCGCGGCUCUGAAAUUCGAAUGGGCCCUCGCAAACCCGCAUCUGUCGCUGCACAUACCGGCGUCGUCCCGGCUGACAGUGUCGACGCAGACGAAGCGCAACGGGCAGCCCCGCAGACCGCGGCCCAGCCUCGCGUCGGUCGUGUCGAACAUCCACCUCCUCGUCCGGGUGCCGAGCUUCGCGCGCUGGCCGCUCAAGCUGCACUUCUUCUCGCGCGACGCCCACGCCGCGUGGGUGAAGUGGUGCGCCACGGCCAACGAGCCGAUGCCACGCGGCUUCCCCGUCGUCACGGACUUUGGGCCCGCGGAGCAGAGCAGCGUAGAGGAUGGAUCGGAGGCGGGGCCGGCGAGCCCUUGGGGGAUCCACGCCCUGCCACUGGACUACGAGCCUAUCAAGGACUACGUUGCAAAGGGGAAGGAUGUGUUCGAUUUCGAGCGCGAGGGGAGCUGCGUUGUGUGCAGUGACCCGAUGUCUCCCAGCGAGGGCAUCUACGCCUUAUGCACCAACAGUGGUUGUGAGGGAGUCGGGCAUCUGUCGUGCUGGAGCCGGCAUAUGCUCCCUGUCAGCGAACAGGAGGGGAGCAUAAUACCGGUCGAGGGAGAGUGCCCAAAGUGCCAAGGGCAUGUCCGUUGGGGAGACAUGAUGAAGGAGCUGACGAUAAGGCUCAGGGGCACGAAGGAGAGGGACAAACUCUUGGGGAAGAAGCGCAGAGCGAAGUCAUGAGCGCCGCUCAGAACGGCGUUAUCGGGGAUGAGCAUGGCGUUAUAGUCUGGCGUUGGGAUAACCAGAUCACUCAAAGAGGAAUAGCAUUUUCGGAUAAGAUAUACCCCAUGGGAUAAAAAGCACGGUAUCGUUUCAGGAACCAGCGGGAUUUCCAGACAUUGCCUAAAGAAGGGAUGCUUGUAUAAAGAUACGAGCCUAGCCUACCGAACACCCCGAUAUCAACAAUUUGGACUUGCUAUGGUACACACAUUGCCGUAGGUAUCAUGGAUGGAAAUUGGAAGACUCAGGUUCAGCAUCCCAAUAAGUAUUUGUGUACCUAUUUUGACCAAGCAGGGUCUGUGCGUAAGCAGGUGGGGCUUUGAAUCAAUUUAUCACUG